AAACGAAAUUCUUUUCAAAAUUAAAUUCUAACCCCCGAUAAACCCAUUCUCGUCGACGACAAGCUUCCCAUACUCUGUCGGACGCCGUUCACCGUUCUCAGCCCUGCGUGGUUGUUCUUGUACACGCAGUGAAGAAGGUCACUUAACUUGAAGGAGCAGUAAAUGCAUGCUUAUCUUCCUCCGCUGGCAUGGCCUUGAGAAAUUUUAAAUUUUCCAAGCUGAAGAAACGAAGUUUUCCAUAAUAAGGAGAGAGUCUAGGAUUUUCAAGCUCUCUGUCUCUGAGCCAGUAUCAUAACCUUAAAAUAAUUAUCCUUACCUGGCUAUACUGGUUGCUAAAUGUUGAUUUGGAGAGUACAAUGACCCAGCCAACGGUGAUACUUGCAACAGCAAGUUAUGAUCACACUAUUCGUUUUUGGGAGGCCAAAAGUGGCCGGUGCUAUCGAACUAUCCAAUAUCCAGAUUCGCAAGUCAAUCGGCUAGAAAUAACCCCAGACAAACGUUACCUGGCUGCAGCUGGUAAUCCUCACAUACGAUUAUUUGAUGUAAACUCAAAUAGCACUCAACCAGUGAUGAGCUAUGAUUCACAUACCAACAAUGUAAUGGCAGUGGGGUUCCAAUGCGAUGGAAAUUGGAUGUAUUCAGGUUCGGAGGAUGGCACAGUUAAGAUUUGGGAUUUAAGGGCACCAGGUUGUCAGAGGGAGUAUGAAAGUCGUGCAGCAGUGAAUACUGUUGUGCUACAUCCAAAUCAGACUGAACUGAUAUCUGGUGACCAAAAUGGUAAUAUUCGUGUAUGGGAUUUGACUGCAAACUCAUGCAGCUGUGAACUGGUCCCAGAGGUGGAUACAGCUGUACGCUCUUUAACAGUUAUGUGGGAUGGAAGCUUGGUUGUUGCGGCAAAUAAUCAUGGGACGUGUUAUGUGUGGCGUCUUUUGCGAGGAACCCAGACAAUGACAAACUUUGAGCCACUUCAUAAGCUGCAAGCACACGGGGGCUACAUUCUCAAAUGUCUCCUUUCACCUGAGUUCUGUGAACCCCACAGGUAUUUGGCUACUGCAUCUUCUGAUCAUACUGUCAAGAUAUGGAAUGUCGAUGGUUUCACACUAGAGAAGACUCUAAUAGGUCACCAGCGCUGGGUGUGGGAUUGUGUCUUCUCUGUGGACGGUGCCUACCUAAUUACAGCUUCAUCUGAUGCAACAGCAAGGCUUUGGUCUAUGUCGACUGGUGAAGAUAUUAGGGUUUACCAAGGUCAUCAUAAAGCUACAAUUUGUUGUGCUCUACAUGAUGGGGCUGAACCCACAGCAUCCUGAAGUAAACAUGUUCAGAUCUGUCUGCUUUUCUUCUUUUUUUCGUUUUUUUUCCCCCAGAAAACCUUAGAUGUAUCUUGUCUGUGAAUAAACAACCUGGUUUGUUCUUGGAAGGGGUUGGGUGGAUGAGAUGGGAAGGUGUUUCUAUGGUGUUUACUUAUUAUUGGUCUACGGUUUUUGUAUUAGCUGUCAAUUUGAUUGAGGUUUUGAUUGUGUUGAAUUGGAACUUUUGUUGUCAAAUAAGGUAAAUAUAUAUUUUUUUUGGGCCAAAGAAAUAAGGUAAAUAUACUGGUAUAGUAAUAUGUCGUGUUCAUUUUAAA